AUGUUCAAACGAGUAAAGAGCGUCUUCAAGAAGGGAGACAAGGAGCCGAAGGAACCGAAGGAGCCCAAGCCGAAGCGGAAGGGCCUGCUGAGGAGACGGACAAGGCAGAGAGCGGACUCGGAAAUGCUACCCCCACCCCACGAUUCGCAGUAUAUAGCCGGCGACUACGACCACGACGAGCACAUCAUGCACUCCCGCAGCGGCUCCAUACAUACAGACGAUCAUUCGAUGCUCGGCCCAGCCGGUACAGCUCGUAGUGCUGCUCCCACGAUGAUGGUCCCGCCACCUGGAAGCUCCUACGCACGCUCACAUCACACAAUGUCCCAAUAUCCGGGUCAGUAUCCCGCACACGAGCUGCUCAAUCCGGCAGCAGCGCCGUUGCACCCUUUCCCGACUACGGGUCCGAGCUUGCACUCUAAUCUGAUGGGUUAUCCAGACCAGCACGGUUAUGUUCCCGCUUCGAUGCACGAAGGACACCACGUCACGACACACGUACCCACUGAACACGACGAUGAGCCGCCACUUCCCGUUCGCAUCCGCGAAGCGGGCUCCAUAGCGCCCUCACACAAUGGCGGCCCAGUCCCUGCCGUCGAUGCUCCACCGCCUCCACCGCCAGUCGCGCACAGUCGGAGUCGGAACAUUUCGAACGAGAGUGGCCCUCCGCCUGCACCGCCGCAGGUCACGAGAAGCGCGACGCUCGGCCGGAGUAACGGAUACGGGACGACGCAUUCGAGAGCUGGAAGGAGGAGAGAGAACUUGCAGCAGGAUGCGGGCGACGAUGGCGUGUAUGGCGAGUACGACGCGGCGAGGACGUUGAGGAGGAUCAAGAACCUCAGCGGACUGGAGCAUCCCAAUUUCGGGUGGUCGAAGUGUACGGGGAACAAGAAAGCCGUCUGCGUCGGAAUUAACUAUGUCGGCUCGAGCCAUGCAUUGGACGGGUGCGUUGAGGACGCGAAGAGGAUGUACCGUCUGCUUGUCGAUAAGUUCAAGUUCCCCCGCGAAAACGUCAUGGUUUUGACAGACGAAGCCGAAGAUGAGCGCAACUUGCCGACAAAGCAGAAUAUCCAGCGUGCGAUGCAGUGGCUCUCAUACGAUGCUCAACCUCACGACUCGCUGUUCUUCCACUACUCUGGACAUGGAGGGCAGAUCAGAGACACGAAUGGAGACGAGGUUGACGGGAUGGACGAAAUGAUAUUCCCGGUGGACUACGAAGACCAGGGUGUGCUCAUCGACGAUACAAUCCACGACCUUCUUGUCAAGCCUCUCCCUUCAGCAUGCCGUCUAACGGCUCUCUUCGACUCUUGCCAUUCCGGCUCCAUCAUGGACCUCGUCUACCUCUACCAUUCUGACGGUCGCAUAAUGGGCACCGACGUCACGCCCAAGUUCAAAGCCUCCAAGAUGACACCCGCAGAGGUUAUAUGCUGGUCCGGGUCCACCGACAGCGGCGCGGCAGCGGACGCUGAUAUCAAUGGGCUUCAAGUCGGCGCAAUGAGCUAUGCGUUCGUCAAAGCUAUCAGGAAUAACCCGGGUAUCAGCUUUGCGGGUCUUUUGACCGAGCUGAGGAGGAAUACAAGGAAGUUCCACCAGCGACCGCAGCUGAGCGCGAGUCAUCGAAUCAAUGUCAGCCGGCGCUUUAUCAUGUGA